UUGACUCCCCCACCCCCCUCCGCGUGAAGCAGGAGCUGAGUGGCGUUUUCUCCAACCACUGCCCCCUCGACCCCCACGCCCCCCGCCCCACAAUGCGGCGGUGAAGUGGCGGAGAGCCCGGGAGACGGAGCUCGGACGGUGGCUCGACCAAGCCCCCACCCCGCCCCUCCUCCGGAUCCACGAUGUCGAACCGCAAGCACCGGGACAACCAGGAGAUUUGCGCACGCAAGGUCCGGGAGCUGGCCCAGUCGGGAGUAAACAAACAUUGCUUCGAGUGCAACCAGCCCGGUGUGACGUACACGGACGUGACCGUGGGCACCUUCGUGUGCACCUCGUGCUCCGGAAUGCUGCGAGGCCUCAACCCUCCGCACAGGGUCAAGUCCAUCUCCAUGACGACCUUCUCCCAACAGGAAGUGGAAUUCCUCCAAAACCACGGCAACCAGGUCGGCAGGAGGACGUGGCUGUGCGCCUUUGAGCCCAAGACAGAUGGCUGCUCCGACAUGAAGGACUCGCAGAAGUUCAAAGAGUUCCUGCAGGACAAAUACGAGAAGAAGAAAUGGCAUUUUUCCAAAAGUAAGAACCGGAGAGAUGUGGAGGGACCUUGGAGCCCAGGUGUCCAGACCGUCCUGGUUCACGGCCCACUUGCCGGCCAGCCCCUUCACAACUUACCUCCCAACGCCCGGCCCGCCAGGACGCUGUCGCAGAUGGCGCAGUGGGAUCGAGCCUCGCCCGCUGACGCCCGGCCCGACGCCUUCACCGCGCGGCCCACGCGCUCCCAAAGCUUCCGGGAUCCGUCGCUGAAAGAACAGAACGUGUGUGGGAUUGAGAGACAGCGGCCGGGCUCGUUAGCUCACCCGCCUUCCUUCCCCGCCCUCCCCCGUCCUUCAGCCGCUAGUUCUUUCAAAAAACACUUCACGUUAGGUCGCACGGUGUCAACAUCGGGCGCCACGGGGCCCUUCAGAGCCUUCCCCAAAUCUCUCAGCUUGGACUUUGGAGGUCUGAAACAGCUGCAGCCCCCUCUUCCUCACUCUCUAUCCCAGCAGCAGAAGCAGACCACGGCCAACGCCCAGGACAGGUACGCUGCGGUGUCCCAACUGGAUAGCGUCUUCUCGGACACAGCACCACCACCUGCUGGGCCUCCACAGUAUAGCACCUUGUUUGGCAGCCGGAUCUCUUCUAGCUCCACUCCGGCCAGCUCCCCGGGCGUUGAUACGACUUCUGCCUCACAAACAUUUACAGCGUUCCCCAACCCGUUCAGCUCAGGCGCCACUUGCCAGCAGCCUGAUGCACUCUCCCCCAGUAACCCUUUCAGCAGUUCCCCAGGAGGCGACGGCGCUUUGGUCACCACGCCCACGUCAGUGUUCCCCCCGCCUGCCUCCUUUCCUCAAGAGGGCGCCAAUAACCAGGAAGCCAACGGCUUCGCCGCCUUCCCCGCGUGCGACUCGCAACCCAAAGUCCCUCGGCCCAUGUCGGUGAACCCUUUUACCGGGAACGUUUACCCCAGUCGCGGCACGUCGCGAAACCCUUUUAUCUGACUCAGCCGUCUGUCUCUGGGAGAAGUGGACUGUCGUAGUCGCCUCUGCCUCGUCAAUGCCUCUGGAGUAUUUUCCUCCUCGUCCUAAUGUCCCCGUAUUUAUGUGAUUAUUUGUGUGCGUGUGUUUAAAAAAAAAAAAAAAGCCUGAAUGUAAUUAUGACUUCAACUAGCAAGAUCUACUUUGAUGCCUCUAGCAUUUUUAUUUAUUUUUUUGGGGGGGGGAGGAGGGCAGAAAUAUACACCCAACGCAUCGCUACUUUGCUUUCACCCCCUCCCUGCUCCAAAAAAAAAAAAAAGCAAACUAAAUUUUCAGUUUUUAAGCCUAAUAAGUAAAAGAUAAAGAUAAAGUUUUUGAAGGAUCACCGCCUUAAAGCCUGUCUUCUGUUUUUUUUUUUUUUCAAAGAUGUUAACCACUGCCAGGCUGCAUGAGUUUUGAGGGCUAAAAAAAUAUACGACUAAAAAAAAUAAGCUACUGAAUGUAAAAAAAGAAAAAAGCUAUUACAGAAAAACUUAUAAUAGUGCAUCCACUGGACCAAAAUGUUGUGUUUUUUUUUUUUUUUUUUAACAUGGGGGUUUACUUAAGGAUUGUUUUAACCACGUCUUUGUCAUGGCAAGUAUUCAUAAAAUCCGUUCGACCCUUUACUGCUGCCUAAGCGAGUGUUGCUUUCCAGAAAAUAAAAGCUCUUUUACACCAA